UUUUAGUUUGAAAAGACGUGCUGCCACUAGCUGUAGAUAUUUGUUUAUUUACUCAUAGAUACAGUUAUGAUUUUCACAAAGCGUCUCUUCCUUACUUCACUCAUGAUUUACGUUGUUUUCAUUACGAUAAUUGUUGCUCAUCCUUCAAUUGGUACGUGUUUUCGCAAUUGCUCGCAAUGUAAAAAGUUUCUGGGCAUCUAUUUCGACGUACAACUCUGUGAUGAAUAUUGCGUGAAAUUUAAAGGGAAGAUGACUCCGGACGUCGAGGAUCCCGACUCGUUAGCUCCUUUCAUCACCAACUUAAACGAGGUUCAAUGAAAUAGCAAGGACAAUAAUUACCCGUCCAAGGGUACUUAU